AUGGUGAACCAAGACGACGAGUACGUGACGGACGAAUAUGAGGCCAAGCUCAUGAGCGAGGAGUACAAGAUAUGGAAGAAGAACACGCCGUUCCUCUACGAUAUGGUCAUCGCCCACGCGCUGGAGUGGCCGAGUCUGACGGCCCAAUGGCUGCCGGGCAGGGAGGACGUGCCAGAUCAGGAAUGCAGCCGGCAGCGCCUCAUCCUGGGGACGCACACGUCGGAGAACGAGCCAAACAGCCUGCUGGUCACUGAGGUGCUGAUGCCCAAGGAGGACGGGGAGCUGGACCUGCGGCAGCUGAACCUCGGCGAGCAGGUGGACCUGGGGGCAGUGCAGAGCGCCAGCGAGCGCAUACAGACGGUGAAGGAGAUCCAGCACGACGGGGAGGUCAACAGGGCCAGGUACAUGCCCCAGAAACCAUCAGUGAUCGCCACCAAGACUGUGAGCGCGCUGGUGUAUGUGUUCUUCUCCGACCGGCACCCUGCCAAGCCUCCACCAGACGAGCGCAACUGCCGUCCAGACUUGAAGCUCACCGGGCAUGAAACAGAGGGUUACGGGUUGGCAUGGAGUCCUUUCAAGGAGGGCUACCUGCUCAGUGGAUCUGAUGAUCAGAUGAUCUGCUUGUGGGAUAUCAACGGCGAAACUGGACCUGGAAAGGAAUUGCAUGCCCUGAAUACCUUCGCUGAGCACAAAGGUGUUGUGGAGGACAUCGCUUGGCAUAGCAAGUACGACUAUCUGUUUGGGUCCUGUGGAGAUGACAAGAACGUGAUGCUGUGGGACUUGCGACAGCAGAAGAGCCUGCAUCAGAGUAUUCAAGCCCAUCCAGCUGAGGUGAACAGCCUUGCCUUCUGCCCCAGCAGUGAGUGGAUCCUUGCCACAGCUUCAGCAGACAAAACGAUUGGUUUGCAUGACGUCAGGAAUUUUUCACAGCGCUUGCACACUUUGGAAGGGCAUUCAGACGAGGUGUUUCAGGUGGGCUGGAGCGGCACCAAUGAGACCAUCCUGGCAUCCUGCGGUGCUGACAGGAGGGUCAUCAUUUGGGACCUGAGCCGAAUAGGUGCUGAGCAGAGCAGUGAAGACCACAGCGAUGGGCCUCCAGAGCUGCUCUUCAUCCAUGGAGGCCACACCGCCAAGGUGUCGGAUUUUUCAUGGAGUCCAAAUGACGAGUGGGUCGUCGCUUCUGUGGCUGAAGACAACAUCCUUCAGAUCUGGCAAAUGGCCAACUACAUUUACGAUGACAGCUAUUACAAGGAGAACGCAGGCUGCGAUGCAUGA